CACUCCUAGAUCUCGGCGAGAACACAGGCCUCCAGGCUCCCAGCCCCGCUCUGCUGCAGCACCAGACCCCACUGCCCACCCAGACCUCGGAGAGAACCCAGGCCCGGAUGGCCGGCAUGGCAGACAACCACCAGGAGAGCUGGGCAGCAUUGAUCGCAGAGGCGGAGCGGUACCGGCGCCAGACCGGCAAUGAGGUGUUCCUGCUCACAGCCUACCGGGCCCAGCAGCCGGGGGGCUUCGCCUACGCCCAGCAUGGCGGUGGGGCCCUGGGGGAUGCCGCCCAGCGCUACUUGGAGGACAUCGCUGUAGUGCACAAGACCACCGCCUUCACCUACACCACACGGCCCCCACCUGCCCCCCGCCCCCUGCCCCCCCACGGCUCCUACUCCCGCAGCUAUCCCUCCAUCUACUGCCCUGAGGAGCCCCCCACCACCCCCCACCGGACCCCAGGGGCCCCCCAGGCACCCUUGGCUGAAGCUGCAGGUGGGCAGGAGCCUCAGGGAGAGGAAGAGGAGAAGAACUCAGAAACCCAGGGGAGGCAGCAGCAGCACCCCAGUGACGCCAUGGGUCUCUUUGUGAUGGAUGAGGACUCUCCAAGCCAGGACUAUGAGCCCUUCUUUGACUCAGACCCUGAGAGCACAGACGACGGAAGUCUGAGUGAGGAUGCCCCUGGGCAGCCCCCUCCGGCCCCCCACAGCCACCAGUACGCCAAGUCCCUACCCGUGUCUGUGCCAGUCUGGGCUUUCCGGGAGCCAGGCCAGGAGCAGCGCUCUUCAGAGGAGGACAGCACCAAGCACUCUUCGCCAGACCUGGAGAAGAUUGCAGCCAGCAUGCGUGCCCUGGCUCUGCGUGGCUCUGAUGGCACUGAGAUGUUCGGGGACCUGCCCCGCCCCCGUCUCAACACCGGAGACCUCCAGAAGCUGCAGCGGAAGUACUGACCCCUCCCCCAAUGCUGGGGGGGGGGGGAGCGGGGGCACAGGGGUCCCCUCCAAUGCUGCACAGGCCUCAGUCCUCCACAGGGCAAAGGGCUGGGAGUAUCUACACUAGGGCAUGAGGCACCAUGUCCACAUGCACACUACAGCCCCUUUCCCAGUUCUGGGGGAGCCCUACCCCUACUUUGCCCCAGCUUUGGGGGGGAGGGGGGGACGCACAUCCUAGGAUCCCCUCAGUCCCCACACUACAGCCCCCCUGCAGCUGCUGCUGGAGUUCCACGUGCCCAACGCCAGGAGUUCCCCCGGAUCCUGGGGCUGACCCCUUAAGUGUCUUAAUAGAGGAUGUUUUUGUAACUGACCCCUCCCUUUUUUUGCACAGAAACUAUUUGUGGGGGGGGGGUUAGAUCUCCCCCUGCAAUGGGGUAGGUGUAGCAAUGACACUAUUCCACCUGACAGUGAACACCCCUAAAUAUUCAGCAGGGGGGAAGGUUAAUCUGCGAGCACCCCAGGAAGGAUGGGAAGAGCCUUCUUCCACCCCAGGUCCAUGGACCCAGUGCUCCCUGCCCACCUUUCAGUGGGCCCCCAGACCAGCUUCCAGGGGUAAGGGGUUCCUGCUAAAUUGGCCUACCCCUUCUCCAUUCCCCCCCCCCUCCAAAAUCCUGCUGCAGGUCCCUGGACUGGACCGCCUUUUUUAUACCAGAGCUCAGGGGCCCUGGCCCUGCCCCUCUAUUUUUGUCCAAAGAUGAUUGGUGGAGGAAGGGGCAGGGAGCCCUGGCCCUCAAGCCUGUCUUGGCCAAUAAAGAGAUGCUGACUUUUACCAGC